GGAAUAUGAAAGUGGGAAGAAAGAGAGGCCACAUAAACCAACAAAUCAAAAUUUGUACUCGAAACCAUAUGCUAUAAAGAACUGAAGCCUGAAGAUCUUGACAAUCAACGAGAAACACAAGUUGGGGUUCUUGAAACUAAAACUUGAGGAGACAAUCCAUUGCGUUAUCAACUUGCCCAAUCCAUAUUCCAGCUAAUAUACAUACAUUCUUGCCGAUACAUACAGAUAUAUCUACUUAUUUUUGUUGGAUAGUUUUACGUCCACAAAUUUCUUCUCUCACUGCUGUGAGAGCCUUUAAAAGCUGAAAUCUUGGGUAGGUUGCGGAUCCAAUGGCCAGUUGGGUGCUCUCAGAAUGUGGGCUCAAGCCACUUCCAAGAUUCUACGCAAAGCCAAGAACUGGCCAAGCUUUCUUGAAUUCUAACCCCUCCAAAGUUCGGAUUUCAAGAACAAGUGGAAAUGGUUAUUCGUUUUCUUUGUCAAGUGGGUUUAGGGAGAGAAAUUGGGGUUUGAAGGUGAGCGCACCAUUGAGGGUUCAGCCAGUGGAAGAAAAUAAAGAAGAGGGAAAAAUUCUCAAUGGGGAUGAAUCUUUUGACCCUGGUGCUCCACCCCCGUUUAAAUUGUCUGAUAUUAAAGCAGCAAUUCCUAAACAUUGUUGGGUUAAGGAUCCUUGGAAGUCUAUGUCCUAUGUUGUUAGGGAUGUUGUGGUAGUUUUUGGAUUAGCAGCUGUGGCUGCUUAUUUUAACAACUGGGUUUUUUGGCCUUUGUAUUGGUUUGCUCAGGGGACUAUGUUCUGGGCUCUUUUUGUUCUUGGUCACGACUGUGGGCAUGGAAGUUUUUCAAACAAUCCAAAGCUGAAUAGUGUAGCAGGACAUCUUCUUCAUUCUUCAAUUCUUGUCCCUUACCAUGGAUGGAGAAUUAGCCACAGGACUCAUCAUCAGAACCAUGGCCAUGUCGAGAACGACGAAUCGUGGCAUCCAUUAUCUGAGAAGAUUUACAAGAAUUUGGAUAAUGUCACCAAGAAAUUGAGGUUCACAUUGCCUUUCCCCUUGCUAGCAUACCCUAUCUAUCUGUGGAGUCGAAGCCCUGGGAAAACAGGCUCUCAUUACCACCCAGACAGUGAUUUGUUUGUUCCAAAUGAGAGAAAAGAUGUGAUUACCUCAACAGUUUGUUGGACAGCAAUGGUUGCAAUUCUUGCAGGGUUAUCUUUCAUUAUGGGUCCUGUUCAAUUGCUUAAACUCUAUGGCAUUCCUUACGCGAUUUUCGUGAUGUGGCUGGACUUAGUUACCUACUUACAUCACCAUGGCCAUGAUGCGAAACUUCCUUGGUACAGGGGAAAGGAAUGGAGUUAUCUUCGAGGGGGGCUUACGACACUUGAUCGUGACUAUGGAUGGGUCAAUAACAUCCAUCAUGACAUAGGAACCCAUGUCAUACAUCACCUCUACCCUCAAAUCCCACACUAUCAUUUAGUAGAAGCAACCGAAGCAGCUAAGCCGGUGCUAGGAAAGUACUAUAGGGAGCCAAAGAAAUCAGGGCCUCUUCCAUUGUAUUUGCUGGGAGUUCUUAUAAGAAGCAUGAGAAAGGAUCACUAUGUGAGUGACUCUGGAGAUAUUGUUUAUUAUCAAACUGAUUCUCAGCUAUAGAGAUCUCGGAAACUAGUCACUUUAAGUUUGACUAUUUAUAUGUGAUUUGUGAAUUAGCCAAAUGAUGGCUAAAUAAUUGAUGCAUAUGUGACUCUUAACUCUCUUAGCCAAAAAUUGAUGCCAGGAUCCUAGUUUUCUGCUAAGAAGAAUGAUUUUUCCUCCAUUGAUGGAGUUACAUAUAUAGAUAUUACUAAUAUACAGUUCACAUGCCUAUUUGUACUCGAUGUAAACUAGCACUUUACCGAAGGUAGAAAUAUUGUUUUCAAUAAUC